UCCCUCUUUCAUCUCAGAACAUCCGUGCCUGAUUUUUCUCCAAUUUUUUAACUCUAUUUUUUCAGUUGUACUGCUACUUCUUUGACCACUAAUUUAGGUUUUGUUGGCUUCGAUUUCUCUUUGCCGAUCCAUCGAUCUGUGGUAGCUACCAAAAAUGGACUCCAACAGGCGUCAAGGUGGAAUCCAGCAAUUAUUGGCUGCAGAGCAAGAAGCUCAACACAUUGUCAAUGCUGCUAGGAAUGCAAAAAUGGCACGGCUAAAGCAGGCUAAAGAAGAGGCUGAAAAGGAGAUUGCUCAAUAUCGUGCCCAAAUGGAAGCUGAAUUUCAGAGGAAGGUUGCGGAGAGUAGUGGGGACACUGGUGCCAAUUUUAAGCGCCUUGAACAAGAAACUGAGAUGAAGAUCCACCACCUGAAGUCACAGGCAGCCAGCAUUUCUGAUGAUGUUGUUCACAUGCUUCUGAAGCAUGUGACUACUGUUAAAAAUUAAGCUCUCAUGGAUAUGGCCGCAGGGUUGUUGUGGAUUAUGUCUUAAAUAUUUUUGAACCAUCUUUAUAUUGUUCUUUUUUUGUUAAUUCAGAACAUCUUAUGAGCAUUCCGUCCUAUGUAAUACUUGUAGUCAUAAACCUUGAUUCUAUUCUUAAAAUAAGCUGCCUAUGCAAAUCCCAGACUUGUUAUGCAGUGUUGAUGGCUUGAUGCUGUAUGUCUGUGCUUAAGCCUCUGCAACAAGUUCUGUUUGCUGAUUACCAUUA